AGAAACAAAAACGGCUCUUCUCUCUCUCUUUCUAUCAAAACCCAAUCUUCAACAAAAGCUUCUUCCUUUAGCUUUCUCCCUCAAAACCCACCUCGUGAUCAUCUCCUAAACAGGUUAAUUUUCCCCAGAAACAUGAUUUCUUUGAUUAAACCGGUUUCAUCCUCCUUAACCUCAAUCGCCGCCGUGAGACGAACUGUUUCUCCAAAGCUCCGGUUUUCUCCCUUACCCAUCAUCAGAAACUUCCAGAACUCCCCUCUCCGCGUCUCAUCUCCCCACAAUAUCUCGACUAUCUCUCUGUCCGCGGCGGAGAAGCAGAGGCGUGAUGGUUUUAGGGUUGGAGCUUACGAGGCGGACCGGUCUAAGCCGAUUGAGAUCGGCGUGGAAGCUCCCGGCGAACAGUCAGGGCAGAAGCUUAAGAUUGGGAUCUACUUCGCGACUUGGUGGGCGCUGAACGUUGUGUUCAAUAUCUACAACAAGAAGGUUCUGAACGCGUUUCCUUACCCGUGGCUGACCUCGACGCUUUCUCUUGCUUGUGGUUCGUUGAUGAUGCUCGUCUCUUGGGUCACUAGAGUCGCUGAAGCUCCUAAGACCGAUCUCGAUUUCUGGAAAACUCUGUUCCCGGUGGCGGUGGCGCAUACGAUAGGACAUGUAGCAGCGACGGUGAGUAUGUCAAAAGUUGCAGUGUCCUUCACACACAUCAUCAAGAGUGGUGAGCCAGCCUUUAGCGUCCUUGUCUCUAGGCUCUUCUUAGGAGAAACAUUCCCUCUACCUGUUUACCUUUCUCUCUUACCAAUCAUUGGAGGAUGUGCUCUCGCUGCUGUCACCGAGCUCAACUUCAAUAUGAUCGGGUUUAUGGGGGCCAUGAUAUCGAAUUUGGCGUUUGUGUUUCGCAACAUAUUCUCAAAGAAAGGGAUGAAGGGGAAGUCAGUGAGUGGGAUGAACUACUACGCUUGUUUAUCUAUGAUGUCUCUUCUCCUCGUCACUCCUUUCGCCAUUGCCGUGGAAGGGCCUCAAAUGUGGGCUGCUGGUUGGCAAAACGCUGUCUCUGAGAUAGGACCAAACUUUGUCUGGUGGGUAGUGGCACAGAGUGUGUUCUACCAUUUGUAUAAUCAAGUCUCAUACAUGUCCCUCGACCAGAUUACUCCCUUGACGUUUAGCGUUGGAAACACAAUGAAGCGAAUCUCAGUCAUUGUGGCCUCCAUCAUCAUCUUCCACACCCCGAUUAGACCUGUCAAUGGUCUAGGUGCUGCCAUUGCGAUUCUUGGAACGUUCAUCUAUUCUCAGGCAAAGCAGUGAGGGGUGUUUGAUGCACCAAAUACUGAAAGCAGAGGACUAAAGAAGAUUCCUGUGAAGAUCUCAUGAGAGUUAAUGUUAUGAGCAUAUAAAGAGUUGGAAGAUGAACGGCUUAAAAUCUUGGCCUAGUGCUAUGAAAUGUACAAUUUUAAUUUAGCUUUGUCCAGAAAGAUCCAAGAAUCAACUGAUUGAACUACCACUCCAUUGUAUAAUCUUAAGUUAAUACAAGGCCCAAUAAAUAUAUCAGUAUGUGUUUCCUUU